GCGAGGCCUGGAAGUGUUGUUAGCAGGCUCGCUCCGGUGCACGCCCCGGGGCCCUCCCACAGGCAGGGGCAGCGGCUCCGGCUCCGGCUCAGCUGCAGCAGGAGGCGCGCGGAGGAGAGUGUAGAGGGCGCUGGAGGCUGGAGCCGGGGAGGUCUGUUAAGAUUUGUGAUCAUGGCGAUUGACUGGAUUGGUUUUGGUUAUGCGAUAGUGGUGGCUCUUGGCGGUGUUGUAGGAUAUACUCGCAAAGGAAGUAUAGUCUCUUUGGCUGCUGGUCUCUUCUUUGGUUUGAUGUCUGGUUAUGGAGCGUAUUGUGUAACACAUGACUCCAAAGAUGUGAAGAUAUCAUUUUUUUCAGCUUUUAUACUGACCAUUGUAAUGGGAAUGAGGUUCAAGAGGUCCAAGAAACUAAUUCCAGGUGGACUAAUAGCUGGUUUAAGCCUUUUGAUGAUUUUGAGAUUGGUUUUUCUGCUGCUGUAAGAGACAACAGCAACUAAGGACUGAAGUACGAAUAUCAUUUCCCUUCAACAAGCAGACAAGCUCUUUGUACUUGAAGUAUGUCUGUCUUUUUUUGUUGUUUUUUGUAUUUUUUCACUGUAAAAGUUAAUACAUCUGAAAUUUAAUUCCUCAAAGUUCUUUGAUAUGUUGAAAGCUUUUUUAAUUAAACAAGAAGGUUUUUGAUAGUUUCUUUCUUGUAUCGUUUUCAUUUAAGCAAUUUAUUGGCUGGAUUUUUUUUUCCAGAGGUGCUAAGAGGGCCAUAGCACCACUAAGAAAUCAGUGGAUGUUAGAAAUGUUCUGCAUCUUUGAAACCCGAGCUAUGUAUGGAUGUGUCACUAAACUAAAAAGGGGAUAGUAUUAAACCAUAAUCUUGUAAGCGUCUAAUAUCAGGUAAUCAAUAGAAGCUCAAUGUAACAUGCAAACUAACAUCUUGUCAGUACUAAUCAUGUAAUGCACUGUGUUUUAUCAAAAUCACUAACAGAUAUGGGUAUAUGCUUGUGCUCCAUAUUGCACUAGAAUAUAUUUUGUUUCUAAACAUGUAAAUAUCUCCUUCCAGGGGCUAAAAAAUGUAUAAAUUGUUUCCAGUAAUCAAAUAAAAGAUGGAACAUA